CGUCAAAAGACGCGUGGUUCGCUGGAGGGGUGAACAAUAAUGGCCGCGUUCGUGUGUGGUGUAUGACGUUUUCGGUGGAAUAGUGCACAGGCUCCAUGAAGAACUUGACAUUUGUAAUUCUUAUUGAUCGCAGUUUCGAAUAAGAAACUCCCGCCAUAAAAGUAACAUGGCGAACGCAUCAAAUGUUUUCCGGGUUGGAGGUGAGUGUGAUCACAAUAUAAACUUGGGGGAAUUUUUGACGAAAUGCUUCAACUUCCCUCGUCGUAAAAAAAUCUUUGGGACGUCGCUUUUGUCUCCCAGAUUUGAUAGCUUCACUCUUUGUGCAAACCUCAACUAGGAAAUAAAAGCUUUUCCUUGACAAAGGUGAUAAGUUUUAACGCGCGGACGAUUGCGUUAUUUUGCCCGUCUACCGGGCGAGUGAACAAAAGCCGUACGGUGUACGAACUUGUCGGGGACAUCAUUACACACUGUCCCUUCUUUUCUUGAAAACCCGAGGGAAAUCUCGUACAAUUGAUAUCUGGACACUGAUAAUCCUGUAAUUUGUCGAAAAAUGUAGAUACGAUUCAAUAAGAAAUGAAACUGAAACCGACAAACUUUCCGAAUUCGCCGCGAAUCGUCGUUGUCGUUUUCGUGCGCGCGAUACGGUUACCAACUAGCGGCCUGUCUUGGUGACCAUGUGCAUUUUCUUUUGCUGCAACCCGCACAGUCAGUGAAAUUAGACGGUGACUAACAGCCCUAUUUUCUAUGCCCUUUACAGAUUAUGUGUACGUUGAAACCAACCCGGCUUUACCGUAUCAAAUACGAAGAAUUGAGGAGUUGACCAAGGUAAAAAUUUAAGGUGGCUCUGUGCGUACUCAUAAAUAUGUUAAUUAUGCGAGGAUGUUUGAAAAUGAAACACACUUCAUCUUUUUUCUGAAGACAAGCAAUGGACAAGUUGAGGCAAAAGUCCAGUGUUUUUACAGAAAGCGAGAUUUAUCCUCGACGCUGGCGUUGCAAGCUGAAAGGCACUUAUGUAAGUAUCAGUUUGUGAAAGCUUUAGUUUGUAUCUUGUCAAAAAAGGUUGCCUGUAAAGUGCUCCUACGCUUUUCUACAUUUUUUAUUUACAGGUAGCAAAAAGUGGUGGUAUAGUUUUUUCUUCUUCAUUGUCCUCAUAAAGUCGAUAAAUACAACUGAACAUAAUUUACCAUAUAAGUGACAUAAUUCAAUGUUGACCUAGACUAAUGUGAGGCCUUGCUUCCAUGGUUAGCAUUCUUUUCUUCCUGACUUGAGAUAGUGCGCAGAAAGUAUACCUUGUAAAUAUCCUUUAAGCUUUAGACAGAAUUCUAUAGAUUCUGAGAAUAAGAAGGCGGGAAAUCACAUCUCUGCUUCAAAAAUUUGAUUUGGGCAUUUUUUUGCAUUGUCAUAUAUGUUUGUUUACUUUUAAAUUCAAAUAUUAUUUUGUAAAAAAAUUUUGUUUGUGUAUCUCUUCUCCUUUUUUUAUUGUCAUCUGCGAAAAAUAAUAGAAAAGAAACACACAUUUCUGAUUAUUUAUCAAGAAAGUUGGUCUUUUUUUAGAUUUACCACAAGUCAAUUUAAGUCAAUUGGAGGUUCUAGAAUGACAUGAAUUUUUCACUCUGUGUUUCAUCUCCUUAGCACAAGAAUUUUUGUAUAGUUAUUGUCAAUAACGGUUCAGAGAAAGACAUAUACCCAGUUUUACUCAUUGCUUUGUGUUUAUAUUGCUCCCAGUCCACUGUGUGUAUCAAUAUUAUUAUUUCUAAGAAUUACCCACUUUUUGAAGUAACUUUCCAUUGAAAAGUGGAUUUUUCUGCUGUAUGGAGUUGUGUUUAUUUGUUAAUAAAUUUAGGAAAGCUUAACAGAAAAUUUGUUGAACUGUGCUCUGUCCUUACAUGUACUAUGCUGUGUUGAUGAAAUCACCAGUAAAAUAGCUGAAAGUCUUAAGAAAGUAAAAUAUUAUCUGCACCCUCUUAAUUUCCAUUUUUCUUAAGAUGAUGACCCAUGGUAUUUGUGUUUUUUAAUUUACCUUGUGCCCUGGGGAGAUUAUGAUGAAUACUGAUUUAGAUAUACAGUAACAAUACUUAUGAUAUUCUUUGACACACAUGUAAUUUGAACCCAUGAUCUUAACUAUAUAAUUUUCUUCGAUUUAAGAAGCUACUUUAUAUAUUCAAAUCCUUGGAUAACUGCUGCUUUUAGUAAUGAUUAAUAUCAUUACUGCAAAGUUUAAUAAAAUUAAGAUCAAUGUAGAGAUACAUAUUAAUGGUUGUCUUUCUCAAAUUAAGUCAGAUUCACAACUUUCCAUGUAACUGAAGGUAGUUGUCAAAAAAGUUAAAACUUUUGGCUGAACAAAAGCCUUUGGAAGCCAGAUAAACUUUGAAGUUGAAAAAAUUGUGGCUGACCAAAACUUAACUUUUCAACUAACUUAACCUCAUCUUUUUUACAGCAAAAAUCUGUAGACUGACACAAAUUGAUUUUGUUCCUUAGACUGGUGAACUGUGUAGUUCACAUUGUGUUUGAGUUUUUUUCUGGGUACAGGGAAUAGGACAUAUCUAAGUAUAUGUUGUGGUUCAUUUUUUUCCUUUGUUCAUGUUUUUGAAUUCAGUAUGAUACAUUACCAUAAACAAAGAGUUUUCCUUACUUUCACUGUAAACUUUCUUGGCUUUCCAUAUAUUUGUUUUCUGUGGCACACUUUUCAUGUUGUGCAUCAUACAAAUUCACCCGCUGCAGUGCACUAUUUUGUCAAGUAUUUUUUAAAAGAUGUACCAGCAAUCCAAUAAUGCAUGAUUCUUAAAACUUUAGUUGACCUGAUAUGUUUGUGACUCUUAAAAAUACAUAUGUAAAUAAUCCUCAGAAGUAAGAUGGAGCUGAUGACCAAAAAACAAGUUGUACCACAAAUCUUGACACAUCAGGGGUUUUAUAUGGUGUUGUUACAGUGUACAAACAUGAUGUGAAAUUUAUUUGCAUAGUAUAUUUUUUUUGGCAUUUUGACAAACAUUUUCUCUAAGUGUGAAAAUCUGAACCAAAAAACUUAUCUAAUGCAUGCCCAACAGAAUUGAUUUUCUAUCAUAAAAGUUUUGAAUUAUGUCCAUAAUGGUGCUAAUUAGAUUGUACUUAACAUUGAUGGUUUUACUAAUACUAAUUUUAGGUAUUUACAUGAUUUAUUCAAACAUAAUGUCAUGGUCUGGUCGUUACAAAGUAGUUUUUAUUUACCCACAGUCCGUGCCAGUACUGGUUGUGCUUUUGAACAAUAAUAUAUCAUGGUCUAAUACUAAAAGUGGUAACAUUUUCUAGUUCAAUACCAUACCACAAUAACUGAGUCUGGGAUCUUUGGUUACCAGACCAGUUCAGAAUAAAAAACUGUGAAAAGUUUUUCAUUAACAUAUUUGAAGGUUAUUACCAAUCACUCUGCUUAAAAUAAAUGCAUGUUUUUUCGUGUGGCAUGCCAAGAUGUUAAAUUACUUGACUGUUAGGAAUUGUCAACAUCUUCAGCAAGUUCUAGUGGAGUAUUUGGUUACUCAGGCCUUGAGGAAAGUUCUUUCAGGUCUUCCAUGACAAGCAGAUUUUCUCUUUGGGCAAGUAACCUCACUUGUCCAGUGGGCAAGGGUCGACACAAGUCAUCUUGUUAUUAUUUCAUUGGCUAAGACAAGCUAUGUGUAGAUAUGGCAUUGGGCAAUCAGAAUGCCAGAGCUACUUGUACAUGUCUAAAGGACAGGCUGGAAUUCAAGCUUUUCAUUAGCAAUGUUACUUAUGGAUGUUUGUUUUUACACAGUGCAAGCUGAGGAAGAUGCAGAAAUUGAAAUGGGAGAUAAUGAAAUGGAAGAUUUAUUAAGGCAUCAGCUGAGCCACAGAGAAGUAUUUUUGUCACGGCAGUAUGAAAACAUCAACGCUAAUACUAUAAGGUAAUAUUCUAGUUAAUCAUAUUUGAUGAUUUACAGGGAGAAGUGCCCGUUAUUGAAUUCACUAGGUAGAAAAGAAGUUGGUUAAAAAUUCGUAAGCAUUUUUUUGGAGACUACUAACUUAGCUGUAAGUUACUAGUCCAGGGUCUAAAAUUAACUUUUGAUCUUGGUUCCUCUUUGGACAACCACCUUUUCUCUGAUCUAGGUGUCCAAGGUGAAAUCAUAGUCAGCUAGUUUUCCAAAGUGACUGAUUUUUGGAAGCCAUGAGUUUUGUUAAGGGAGCAGCAGUGAAAACAGAUAUCAAACUUGAUUCAAAUUUAAUUCAUAUUUUGUCCACCAAAAUUGAUAAAAGUAAUCCUAUUAAUGUGGAAAAUCAGAACUUGAUUAGCCAUGCUUAGGUCCCAAGAGUGACCUAUGUCAAUUUUCUCCUGACAGGAUCAGAACAUUAUCAAUGCUUUGACCUUUUAUUUAAUUAUCUCAACUAAUUCAUUCAGGAAAUGUAUGUAGAUCAGUCUGGAGAAUAUUGGGCCAUAAAGGGUUAAAACAGUUUUAGGCAAAAUAUGGACAAAUCUCUAAUAAUGGUUACCUUACUGGUACUUAAUUUCGCUGGUCUUUAAUUUCGUGUUUUUUGCGAUUGUAAAAAAAUAGCAAAAUUAAAAGCCCCGCAAAGAUAAANUAUUAAUGUGGAAAAUCAGAACUUGAUUAGCCAUGCUUAGGUCCCAAGAGUGACCUAUGUCAAUUUUCUCCUGACAGGAUCAGAACAUUAUCAAUGCUUUGACCUUUUAUUUAAUUAUCUCAACUAAUUCAUUCAGGAAAUGUAUGUAGAUCAGUCUGGAGAAUAUUGGGCCAUAAAGGGUUAAAACAGUUUUAGGCAAAAUAUGGACAAAUCUCUAAUAAUGGUUACCUUACUGGUACUUAAUUUCGCUGGUCUUUAAUUUCGUGUUUUUUGCGAUUGUAAAAAAAUAGCAAAAUUAAAAGCCCCGCAAAGAUAAAUCCUUUUGAAAUUAAAAGCUGGCGAAAUUAAAUACCCAUGUAGAAAAUUAAAAUGACAAUUGGCAUGUAAUAGCAACGAUAUGUAUUGACAAACACAAAUUGCUUUCUGGUUUUACUGGUAAGCUCCAUUUUGUAUCUUUUGCCAUGAAAUGAUGUUAGUUUCCAAAGAUCUCACAUAUUGCUUGUUCCAGUUAUAAAUCUAAUUUUCUUAAAGGUUCAGACUUCUUAAAAAAAGAAAAUGAAGUUGAGAGCGUUUAAAUUGCAAAACUUAAUGCCCUUUUUUUCAUGUUAACUUGUUAAAAUUGUGAAAAUAAAACCCCGCAAAAUACUCUUUCGCCAAAAUGCGAAAUUACAACUGUAAUUACCUGCAAAAUUAAGUACCAAUGAGGUAUAUAACUUGUGCAUUAGCUUUAGCGCUUUAAAAGUUCAUUGUUCCCAUUAAAGUUGUUCCAAAGAAAUUCCAAAGUGAGCCAGGUUAAUUUAUUUCAUUUCCUUUCAGAGGGAAAUGUUUGGUCACGCUCUACAAUGAAGCAGAAGUUUUACCAAAGUAUUUAGAAAAAGAGGUUUGUUAAUAGUUUAAUUGAGUCAUGAGUUGACAAAACCUCUGUCAGUACUUUAGGGAAAAGUACGAGGUUGUGUUGUUGUGUUUUUGUGUUUUUUAUAUAUUAGAGAAGGAAUAAAAUACAGUCAAACCGGCUGUAUUUCAAGCAUUCAACCUUUUUAAAGCGCUCAUUUAUCAAAGUCCCUAAAAUCAUUUUCCUUAAAUAUUGUUAGUAGAACUUACUUGUAUAUAAGCCCUCAUCUCCUUUAUGUGGCCCUGGUUAUCUUUUCCAAGGUCCCAGCAAGUAAUUUUUUAUGGUCCUCACCUCUAUAAAGUGGUGACUCGGUCAAGAUGUACAUAACUAGUAAUGUAAGAACUAAAGUCUACAUUAAGUGUUUAGUGGUCUUUUAUUUCCUUUCUUUUGGUACAAGAAUCAGUAGAAACACUUUGGGAUCAUUUUCUUGAGGGACUCUUUGGUUUGUCAAACCUGUACAUAUUAAACGGUCAACCGCAAAGCGAUCAGUUGGCCAUUUGCCAAUGGUGACUGCUUAAUACAGGUUUAACUGGAAGAAAAAAGUCUUACUACAUCUUACUCCAGGAUUCUGUAAUCAAAAGUAAUUCUUGUUUUUAUAUUAACAUAUUUAAUAAAUUCCCUCCUCCCUGAUUUCUUCCCAAAGGCUUUUAAAACUACAUUCCCCCAGUUGUUCAAACCCUGGAUAGCACCAUCCGCAAGAUUUUUUCGAUCACUAUCCAGUGGAUAAAGGUAAGGGAAAUCACUUGCAUGGAUAGUGUUAUUCACCCUUUGAACAACUGGGGCCAGAUAAUUAUAUAUAAAGUAUACCAUGCUCAAAGCAUGAGAUAACUAGACAACACUUAUCUUGUUUUUUUUUACAUAGGACUGGUUCCACUACUUCCUGGUUUAUGAUCCACAACAAAAAACCUUAGUUGCAGACAGAGGUGAAAUGGGAAUUGGGACGGCAUAUCAGGCUCAUGUGCCCAAAACUGCUAUAAAAGGUAAUUUUUAUUGUUGGAGACUAAGAGUUUUUUAAAUCAUUUAUCAAUUUAUAAUACAAUGUAAACUCAAAAUUUAAACAAACACUUGCAGGAGCUUGCUAAGGUUUUGUCAAGGACUUUCUUUUUAAAAAUUUAAUUUUUUCAUGAUUAAAUCUUGUCUUCAGACAUGAAACUACACUUUACCGUAAUGAGGCUAUGUGACAUGAUCCUAACUAGAAGCAGCAACAGCUACUACAUAAGAUAAAACUACAACAGCAAUUCUGGGACAGAACAUUCUUGUUUAAUUUCCAGUAAAUAUGUUAAGUAUCAAUGAAAAAAAUUACAUAGGAUCCCCUUUGGCCCCUCAUUAUUGCUGAUUGUACUUCAAGAUUUUUUGGUGAUGAGCUAUUUAAAGAAGCUUGUGUUCUUUAUAGGGUUACAAGAUGACAGGGAUCUUUCAAAGCUUGAGACAUUAGUGUGGGAUCCAAACAAUCCUCUACAAGAUCAACACAUUGACCAGUUCCUCGUAAUAGCAAGGUAUAAUAAUAAUAAUUAAAAAUCCAGAGCUCACCUUUGACAUUUUCAAGGACCAGUCCUUGAGAAUUAAAUAUUAUGGGUCAACAAGGCUCCUGUGGUAACCCAGCCCCUUCUAGGCUUCUGAGGUUCAUAAUAAAAAUUAUUAUUUUAGCAAGCUGUAAAGCUUGUCUUUGACUUUUCUCUGGAGUGCAGUGUCCCCUUGACCUCAACAGACAACAAGCCAGUGAAUCUGUUCGGAUAUCUUUAAUGAGUAAACGUAGGCCGGCCUCUGAGGACUUGACAGAAGCUCCCAGAGUGGGAGGGAGGGAAAUAAACAAAACAGCUACUCGAAAGACUAAGCAAGACACAUUUGAUCUGAUCACAUUUGAUGUCAGUCAAUGCCCAGCUGGCGUAACCGCUUGGUGUCCUGGGGCUAAUUAAGUUACUCCCUUGGAAUAUGAACACUUUUUCAUUGCUUCACUUACCCUUCCAAAACAUAUUUUAAUGAUAGACUAGCUAGUGGCUUUGGGCAAGGAAAUAAACCUACAUGUACUUGCAUCCAACAUUUGAAAGAGUAGGAUGUACUCUUUUUUAAAAAAUCAAUAUUUAUCCAGGAGCAUUCAAUUUAGCAGAGUUAGUGUAAAUGGAGUCCCUGUUGAUCUGGACCUCUUUGACUAAAAAUGUCUUUUACUUAUCCUUGUAAACCACCUACAGUGUGUACUGGUUAUUUGUUUGUUAUAGAUCCGUUGGAACAUUUGCAAGAGCACUUGACUGCAGCAGCUCAGUCAAACAGCCUAGCCUUCAUAUGAGUGCUGCAGCAGCUUCAAGGGAUAUUACUUUGGUGAGUGGCUUUUUUCAUUAUCCUUAGUAAACCAGUAGACUUCAAAGGUUGAAUAUAGGCCAUUUUACAGUUACAGGUGGAAACGAGGCUGGAGUUGACAUUGUUUCGAUACAAUCCUUCCUGCUUUAUUAUGUAAAUCAUGUUUUUCUUAUUCAAACUGGUAUUUUUAAGCAUAAUUUCCAUAAGAAAAGGAAAGAGGUUUGUAUCAAAACAAGGUCAGCCUCAGGCUCACAUUCACUGAAAGGCUGGGAUUCUAAGCUCACAACUAUAAAAUGGUCUAUUUUUAAAGAUAUAUCAGAUGUUCUUGAAUACUUGUCAUUUAAUCUCUUUCUACCUCAGGAAAACUUUUUCAAAAGGGUUAAUGGUGUGGAUCUUAAUAGGCCAUUUGCACCAAGAGGUCGUAUGACAUUGUUUUUAUGAAAAUGAAAGUUAUAUUAUUUGACCUUCAAAAAGCGAUUAGUGGUAACAUUUUAAGCAAAAUAAUAGUGAUUUGGUUUUGAGUAAGCUUGUAGCUGGUCAUGUAACCAAAUCCUGAUUUUUAAAAUAAUGAAUUACCUCUUUCUGAACUCAAAUUUCCCUCCUAAAUUUCAAGGAAAAAUAUUGAAAAGAUGAUGUGGUAAUAUUUACAGCACAUCUCAGAGUAACUCAAAUGUUUAACAAGAUACAAACAAGCAAAAAGAAGUUUUGGCCACCAUGUUGGAGGUGCCCACAAUAACUCGUUCCUCAUGCUACGCGUAAUUCACAAGUUUAAAACUGAAUUGAAGUGGAAUUCUGAUUUUUUUUUUUCAAGUCUUUGGCCAAGGUGGCAGUUGAGGAUUACAGUGUUUGACCGGGGAAACAGGCCAAAUUGUGGUUUCAGGAUUGGGAUUCUAGUGUCCAGUGGAACCGCAAUGUACAUGUAACGACCCUCUAUAUGAAGAAGUCCUUGGUGAAAUGAAUGAUUUUUUUUACCCAAUUAUUAGUAAAGUUUUAUAAAAAAGAGCCUUGAUAUAACAAAACCUUGUUAUAGCAAACAAUUUUUGCCAGUCCCUUGGACCUUCAUUAUAUGGAGGUUGCGCUGUACUUUGAAUAUUUUGGUUAUUAUUUUAAAGAUCAAUUGACAAAAAUUUUUUAGGCUCAUGGCAUGUUUAUACUCCACAAUAAUGGUUACAACAUUGGCAAGGCAAUAGCUAAUCUUGUUCCUGCCGGUGGACCUGUUCUGUGCCGCGAUGAGAUGGAAGAGUGGUCUGCAGGUUGGUUACUGGUGACAUUCAGUUUGUGUUGAUGUGGUGAAGUGAAGGUGUUUCUUCAGUAGGAUAAAUCUCUGUUUAGAACUCUCAAUCCGGAUUACCUGAGCCCAUUGGAAAUUGAAGGGAUUGUGUUUAUAAAUUCCACCCUCAUAUGGAGAAUUCAGUGAACCAUUCUUAGCAAACGUAAGCAAUGACAAUGGAGACUGCAACCAGAGCGGGAAAGAAAGCAAAGCAUGUGUAUCAUGUGUACAUUUUUGCAGUUGCUUGACUUCCAUGAUGUGUGAAAAUUCCUAACUUCACAUGAAAACUUGACAUUUAGACAUAAUUAUAUCAUUUACCAUUAAUGAGUUAAAGAACUAUUUGUUUAUCAUGUUUUUGCUAUUUUAGGAGAGGCAAACUUGUUUGAAGAAGCCAUUCAGAAAUAUGGAAAAGAUUUUUCAGACAUUCAAAAAGACUUUGUGAGUAGCUCCUUAUGUAGAUUAUUAAUCUUAUGAUAAAUGUUUCAGUUUUUAGAGAUUUCAAAUUACAUUCUUUGCUGAGUUAUUAUUCAUUGUCAUAACACCCACAGUAGUUAUGGCUAUUUACUUUACUCUAUGAAUUAGGGUAAAAAAUAUGUAGGUCUCAGAAAAAACUUACCAAAACUUAACUUUUCAACUAACUUAACCUCAUCUUUUUUACAGCAAAAAUCUGUAGACUGACACAAAUUGAUUUUGUUCCUUAGACUGGUGAACUGUGUAGUUCACAAUGUGUUUGAGUUUUUUUAUGCGUACAGGGAAUAGGACAUAUCUAAGUAUAUGUUGUGGUUAAUUUUUUUCCUUUGUUCAUAUUUUUGAAUUCAGUAUGAUACAUUACCAUAAACAAAGAGUUUACCUUACUUUCAUUGUAAACUUUCUUGGCUUUCCUUAUAUUUGUUUUCUGUGGCACACUUUUCAUGAUGUGCAUCAUACAAAUUCACCCGCUGCAGUGCACUAUUUUGUCAAGUAUUUUUUAAAAGAUGUACCAGCAAUCCAAUAAUGCAUGAUUCUUAAAACUUAAGUUGACCUGAUAUGUUUGUGACUCUUAAAAUACAUAUGUAAAUAAUCCUCAGAAGUAAGAUGGAGCUGAUGGCCAAAAAACAAGUUGUACCACAAAUCUUGACACAUCAGGGGUUUUAUAUGGUGUUGCUAAAGUGUACAAACAUGAUGUGAAAUUUAUUUGCAUAGUUUAUUUUUUUGGCAUUUUGACAAACAUUUUCUCUAAGUGUGAAAAUCUGAACCAAAAAACUUAUCUAAUGCAUGCCCAACAGAAGUGAUUUUCUAUCAUAAAAGUUUUGAAUUAUGUCCAUAAUGGUGCUAAUUAGAUUGCACUUAACAUUGAUGGUUUUACUAAUACUAAUUUUAGGUAUUUACAUGAUUUAUUCAUACAUAAUGUCAUGGUCUGGUUGUUACAAAGUAGUUGUUAUUUACCCACAGUCCGUGCCAGUACUGGUAAUAGUGCUUUCGAACAAUAAUAUAUCACGGCUUAAUACUACAAUUGGUAAAAUUUUCUAGUUCAAUACCAUACCACAAUAACUGAGUCUGGGAUCUUUGGUUACAAUACCAGUUCAGAAUAAAAAACUGUGAAAAGUUUUUCAUUAACAUAUUUGAAGGUUAUUACCAAUCACUUAGCUUAAAAUAAAUUCAUGUUUUUUUGUGUGGCAUGCCAAGAUGUUAAAUUACUUGACUGUUUGAAAUUGUCAACAUCUUCAGCAAGUUUUAGUGGAGUAUUUGGUUACUCAGGCCUUGAAGAAAAAUCUUUCAGGUCCUCCAUGACAAGCAGAUUUUCUCUUUGGGCAAGUAACCUCACUUGUCCGAUGGGCAAGGGUCGACACAAGUCAUCUUGUAAUUAUUUCAUUGGCUAAGACAAGCUAGCAAUGGUACUGGGCAAGCAGAAUGUCAGAGCUGCUUGUACAGUCUAAAGGACAUGCUGGAAUUCAAGCUUUUCUUUAGCAAUGUUACUUAUGGGUGUUUGUUUUUACACAGUGCAAGCUGAGGAAGAUGCAGAAAUUGAAAUGGGAGAUAAUGAAAUGGAAGAUUUAUUAAGGCAUCAGCUGAGCCACAGAGAAGUAUUUUUGUCACGGCAAUAUGAAAACAUCAACGCGAAUACUAUAAGGUAAUAUUUUAGUUAAUCAAAUUUGAUGAUUUACAGGGAGAAGUGCCCGUUAUUGAAUUCACUAGGUAGAAAAGAAGUUGGUUAAAAAUUCGUAAGCAUUUUUUUGGAGAUUACUAACUUAGCUGUAAGUUACUAGUCCAGGGUCUAAAAUUAACUUUUGAUCUUGGUUCCUCUUUGGACAACCACCUUUUCUCUGAUCUAGGUGUCCAAGGUGAAAUCCCUUCACCUUACUUUAAAAGACAUAGUCAGCUAGUUUUCCAAAGUGACUGAUUUUUGGAAGCCAUGAGUUUUGUUAAGGGAGCAGCAGUGAAAACAGAUACCAAACUUGAUUCAAAUUUAAUUCAGAUUUUGUCCACCAAAACUGAUAAAAGUAAUCGUAUUAAUGUGGAAAAUCAGAACUUGAUUAGCCAUGCUUAGGUCCCAAGAGUGACCUAUGUCAAUUUUCUCCUGACAGGAUCAGAACAUUAUCAAUGCUUUGACCUUUUAUUUAAUUAUCUCAACUAAUUCAUUCAGGAAAUGUAUGUAGAUCAGUCUGGAGAAUAUUGGGCCAUAAAGGGUUAAAACGGUUUUAGGCAAAAUAUGGACAAAUCUCUAAUAAUGGUUACCUUACUGGUACUUAAUUUCGCUGGUCUUUAAUUUCGUGUUUUUUGCGAUUGUAAAAAAAUAGCAAAAUUAAAAGCCCCGCAAAGAUAAAUCCUUUUGAAAUUAAAAGCUGGCGAAAUUAAAUACCCAUGUAGAAAAUUAAAAUGACAAUUGGCAUGUAAUAGCAACGAUAUGUAUUGACAAACACAAAUUGCUUUCUGGUUUUACUGGUAAGCUCCAUUUUGUAUCUUUUGCCAUGAAAUGAUGUUAGUUUCCAAAGAUCUCACAUAUUGCUUGUUCCAGUUAUAAAUCUAAUUUUCUUAAAGGUUCAGACUUCUUAAAAAAAGAAAAUGAAGUUGAGAGCGUUUAAAUUGCAAAACUUAAUGCCCUUUUUUUCAUGUUAACUUGUUAAAAUUGUGAAAAUAAAACCCCGCAAAAUACUCUUUCGCCAAAAUGCGAAAUUACAACUGUAAUUACCUGCAAAAUUAAGUACCAAUGAGGUAUAUAACUUGUGCAUUAGCUUUAGCGCUUUAAAAGUUCAUUGUUCCCAUUAAAGUUGUUCCAAAGAAAUUCCAAAGUGAGCCAGGUUAAUUUAUUUCAUUUCCUUUCAGAGGGAAAUGUUUGGUCACGCUCUACAAUGAAGCAGAAGUUUUACCAAAGUAUUUAGAAAAAGAGGUUUGUUAAUAGUUUAAUUGAGUCAUGAGUUGACAAAACCUCUGUCAGUACUUUAGGGAAAAGUACGAGGUUGUGUUGUUGUGUUUUUGUGUUUUUUAUAUAUUAGAGAAGGAAUAAAAUACAGUCAAACCGGCUGUAUUUCAAGCAUUCAACCUUUUUAAAGCGCUCAUUUAUCAAAGUCCCUAAAAUCAUUUUCCUUAAAUAUUGUUAGUAGAACUUACUUGUAUAUAAGCCCUCAUCUCCUUUAUGUGGCCCUGGUUAUCUUUUCCAAGGUCCCAGCAAGUAAUUUUUUAUGGUCCUCACCUCUAUAAAGUGGUGACUCGGUCAAGAUGUACAUAACUAGUAAUGUAAGAACUAAAGUCUACAUUAAGUGUUUAGUGGUCUUUUAUUUCCUUUCUUUUGGUACAAGAAUCAGUAGAAACACUUUGGGAUCAUUUUCUUGAGGGACUCUUUGGUUUGUCAAACCUGUACAUAUUAAACGGUCAACCGCAAAGCGAUCAGUUGGCCAUUUGCCAAUGGUGACUGCUUAAUACAGGUUUAACUGGAAGAAAAAAGUCUUACUACAUCUUACUCCAGGAUUCUGUAAUCAAAAGUAAUUCUUGUUUUUAUAUUAACAUAUUUAAUAAAUUCCCUCCUCCCUGAUUUCUUCCCAAAGGCUUUUAAAACUACAUUCCCCCAGUUGUUCAAACCCUGGAUAGCACCAUCCGCAAGAUUUUUUCGAUCACUAUCCAGUGGAUAAAGGUAAGGGAAAUCACUUGCAUGGAUAGUGUUAUUCACCCUUUGAACAACUGGGGCCAGAUAAUUAUAUAUAAAGUAUACCAUGCUCAAAGCAUGAGAUAACUAGACAACACUUAUCUUGUUUUUUUUUACAUAGGACUGGUUCCACUACUUCCUGGUUUAUGAUCCACAACAAAAAACCUUAGUUGCAGACAGAGGUGAAAUGGGAAUUGGGACGGCAUAUCAGGCUCAUGUGCCCAAAACUGCUAUAAAAGGUAAUUUUUAUUGUUGGAGACUAAGAGUUUUUUAAAUCAUUUAUCAAUUUAUAAUACAAUGUAAACUCAAAAUUUAAACAAACACUUGCAGGAGCUUGCUAAGGUUUUGUCAAGGACUUUCUUUUUAAAAAUUUAAUUUUUUCAUGAUUAAAUCUUGUCUUCAGACAUGAAACUACACUUUACCGUAAUGAGGCUAUGUGACAUGAUCCUAACUAGAAGCAGCAACAGCUACUACAUAAGAUAAAACUACAACAGCAAUUCUGGGACAGAACAUUCUUGUUUAAUUUCCAGUAAAUAUGUUAAGUAUCAAUGAAAAAAAUUACAUAGGAUCCCCUUUGGCCCCUCAUUAUUGCUGAUUGUACUUCAAGAUUUUUUGGUGAUGAGCUAUUUAAAGAAGCUUGUGCUCUUUAUAGGGUUACAAGAUGACAGGGAUCUUUCAAAGCUUGAGACAUUAGUGUGGGAUCCAAACAAUCCUCUACAAGAUCAACACAUUGACCAGUUCCUCGUAAUAGCAAGGUAUAAUAAUAAUAAUUAAAAAUCCAGUGCUCACCUUUGACAUUUUCAAGGACCAGUCCUUGAGAAUUAAAUAUUAUUGGUCAACAAGGCUCCCGUGGUAACCCAGCCCCUUCUAGGCUUCUGAGGUUCAUAAUAAAAAUUAUUAUUUUAGCAAGCUGUACAGCUUGUCUUUGACUUUUCUCUGGAGUGCAGUGUCCCUGCACACCUCAACAGACAACAAGCCAGUGAAUCUGUUCGGAUAUCUUUAAUGAGCAAACGUAGGCCGACCUCUGAGGACUUGACAGAAGCUCCCAGAGUGGGAGGGAGGGAAAUAAAGAAAACAGCUACUUGAAAGACUAAGCAAGACACAUUUGAUCCGAUUACAACGUGAUGUCAGUCAAUGCCCAGCUGGCGUAACCGCUUGGUGUCCUGGGGCUAAUUAAGUUACUCCCUUGGAAUAUGAACACUUUUUCAUUGCUUCACUUACCCUUCCAAAACGUAUUUUAAUGACAGACUAGCUAGUGGCUUUGGGCAAGGAAAUACACCUACAUGUACUUGCAUCCAACGUUUGAAAGAGUAGGAUGAACUCUUUUUUAAAAAAUCAAUAUUUAUCCAGGAGCAUCCAAUUUAGCAGAGUUAGUGUAAAUGGAGUCCUUGUUGAUCUGGACCUCUUUGACUAAAAAUGUCUUUUACUUAUCCUUGUAAACCACCUACAGUGUGUACUGGUUAUUUGUUUGUUAUAGAUCCGUUGGAACAUUUGCAAGAGCACUUGACUGCAGCAGCUCAGUUAAACAGCCUAGCCUUCAUAUGAGUGCUGCAGCAGCUUCAAGGGAUAUUACUUUGGUGAGUGACUUUUUCCAUUAUCCUUAGUGAACUAUUAAACUUCAAAGGUUGAAUAUAGGCCAUGUUACAGUUACAGGUGGAAACGAAGCUGGAGUUGACGUUGUUUUGAUACAAUCCUUCCUGCUUUAUUAUGUAAAUCAUGUUUUUCUUAUUCAAACUGGUAUUUUUGAGCAUAAUUUCCAUAAGAAAAGGAAAGAGGUUUGUAUCAAAACAAGGUCAGCCUCAGGCUCACAUUCACUGAAAGGCUGGGAUUCUAAGCUUACAACUGUAAAAUGGUCUGUUGUUAAAGAUAUAUCAGAUGUUCUUGAUUACUUGUCAUUUAAUCUCUUUCUACCUCAGGAAAAAUUUUUUCAAAAGGGUUAAUGGUGUGGAUCUUAAUAGGCCAUUUGCACCAAGAGGUCAUAUGACAUUGUUUUUAUGAAAAUGAAAGUUAUAUUAUUUUACCUUCAAAAAGCGAUUAGUGGUAACAUUUUAAGCAAAAUAAUAGUGAUUUGGUUUUGAGUAAGCUUGUAGCUGGUCAUGUAACCAAAUCCUGAUUUUUAAAAUUAUGAAUUACCUCUUUCUGAACUUAAAUAUUGCUCCUAAACUUCAAGGAAAAAUAUUGAAAAGAUGAUGUGGUAACGUUUACAACACAUCUCAGAGUAACUCAAAUGUUUAACAAGAUACAAGCAAAAAGAAGUUUUGGCCACCAUGUUGGAGGUGCCCACAAUAACUCAUUCCUUAUGCUACGUGUAAUUCACAAGUUAAAAACUGAAUUAAAGUGGAAUUCUGAUUUUUUCAAAUCUUUGGCCAAAUUGUGGUUUCAGGAUUGGGAUUCUAUUGUACAGUGGAACCGCAAUGUACAUGUAACGACUGUCUAUAUGAAGAAGUCCAUGGUGUAAUGAAUGAUUUUCUUUACCCAAGUAAUAGUAAAGUUUAUAAAAAAGAGCCUUGAUAUAACAAAACCUUGUUAUUGCGAACAAUUUUUGCCAGUCCCUUGGCCCCUCAUUAUAUCGAGGUUCUGCUAUACUUUGAAUAUUUUGGUUAUCAUUUUAAAGAUCAAUUGACAAAUAUUUUUUAGGCUCAUGGCAUGUUUAUACUCCACAAUAAUGGUUACAACAUUGGCAAGGCAAUAGCUAAUCUUGUUCCUGCCGGUGGACCUGUUCUGUGCCGGGAUGAGAUGGAAGAGUGGUCUGCAGGUUGGUUACUGGUGACAUUCAGUUUGUAUUGAUGUGGUGAGGUUAAGGUGUUUCUCUAGUAGGAUAAAUCUCUGUGUAGAACUCUCAGUCCGGAUUGUCUGAGCCCAUUGGAAAUUGAAGGGACUCGUUGUGUUUAUAAAUUCCACCCUCAUAAAUUAUGGAGAAUUCAGUGAACCAUUCUUAGCAAACAUAAGCAAUGACGAUGGAGACUGCAACCAGAGCAGGAAAGAAAGCAAAGCAUGUGUAUCAUGUGUACAUAUCUCUGCAGUUGCUUGACUUCCAUGACAUGUGAAUAAUCUUAAUUUCACAUAAAAACUUGACAUUUAGAUAUAUAUCAUUUAGCAUUAAUGAGUAAAAGAACCAUUUGUUUAUCAUUUUGUGCUAUUUUAGGAGAGGCAAACUUGUUUGAAGAAGCCCUUCAAAAGUAUGGAAAAGAUUUUUCAGAUAUUCAAAAAGACUUUGUGAGUAGCUCCUUAUGUAGAUUAUUAAUUUUAUGAUGAAUGUUUCAGUUUUUAGAGAUUUCAAAUUACAUUCUUUGCUGAGUUAUUAUUCAUUGUCAUAACACCCAUGGUAGUUAUGGCUAUUUACUUUACUCUGUGAAUUAGGGUAAAUUAAUUUUAUGAUAAAUGUUUCAGUUUUUAGAGAUUUCAAAUUACAUUCUUUGCUGAGUCAUUAUUCAUUGUCAUAACACCCACAGUAGUUAUGGCUAUUUACUUUACUCUAUGAAUUAGGGUAAAAAAUAUGUAGGUCUCAGAAAAAACUUUUCACUGGCUCAGCCUUUUCAGUUGAUGAGCAGUUCUCUAUAUACCUUGGACUACUCAAUGGUGUAUCAUUAAAAGACAAAAACUGUUAAUCUUGCAUAAAAAUCUUGGUUUUGCCAUCAUGGUCAAAAAAUUGAGUCCCUGACAGAUUUCAAACUGACAAGCUCUAGAAAGUAGUCGCACUAGGCUGCAGAGAGUUGCCAAGCAAGUUAGGUUUUACACUAAACCAAGGUUUUAUUUUGUUUAUUUUAGCUUCCAUGGAAGAGUCUACCAAGUAUAGUUGAGUAUUAUUACAUGUGGAAAACCACAGACAGAUAUCUGCACCAGGUAUGCAGGGAACUUGAACAAAAGUAAUAAUACUUAAAUGUAUUUGGAAGUUAUCUUGACCUUUAUGUUACCAUGCUGAUAUGGGAUGUUUUUAACAGACAAUCGUCUGCUUUGUUACUGAGGUUAUUUUUAAUGAUUUAAAAACUUCCUGGUUUAUGUGUUUGCAUUUUCUCUAAAUUUAACAUGAAGAAAGGCAUGGUUAUUUCAAUGUAUAACAGUGAUAUUAAGACAGAGUGUUUGUACACACAGUAACUGAUUGAAUUCUUUUGAGAACUAUUCUUGGUUUGCAACCAUGUAACAAGGCAUCCAUGUUGGGUGUCAAAAUUUGUCAAAGAAUUUACAUGACAAUACAGCUUAGUUCCCAGAGGAGAGAAAGGCUUUGAUUCUUGACCACUAACAUGGCCACCAAGAUGUCGUGUGCAAACCAACUAUAAUUGUUGUAAAAAAAUAAAGACAGGGUUAGUAUAUUAUCAUUGUUCCAGCUAAAAUAAUAUACAUUAUUUACUGGUAGACAUGUUUAUAUCAUUGUUUCAAAAGUACCAUUUGAAUGAUAUGUUAUUAUUUUUGUAUUUUCAGAAACGACUCAAAGCUGUCUCCAAGGAAUGUAAUUUAACACAGAUAUACAUUCCUGGACUGUAAGUUAUUAUUGUAUUCUUGAUCACAAUGUAACUUUUUUAAAACCACCUAAAUUCAAGACACACAUGACUGUCUUAUCUGCCNCCAUGCUGAUGUGGGAUGUUUUUAACAGACAAUCGUCUGCUUUGUUACUGAGGUUAUUUUUAAUGAUUUAAAAACUUCCUGGUUUAUGUCUUUGCAUUUUCUCUAAAUUUAACAUGAAGAAAGGCAUGGUUAUUUCAAUGUAUUACAGUGAUAUUAAGACAGAGUGUUUGUACACACAGUAACCGAUUGAAUUCUUUCAAGAACUAUUCUUGGUUUGCAACCUUGUAACAAGGCAUCCAUGUUGGGUGUCAAAAUUUGUCGAAGAAUUUACAUGACAAUAAAGCUUAGUUCCCAGAGGAGAGAAAGGCUUUGAUUCUUGACCACUAACAUGGCCACCAAGAUGUCGUGUGCAAACCAACUAUUGUUGUAAAAAAAAUAAAGACAGGGUUAGUAUAUUAUCAUUGUUCCAGCUAAAAUAAUAUACAUUAUUUACUAGUAGACAUGUUUAUAUCAUUGUUUCAAAAGUACCAUUUGAAUGAUAUGUUAUUAUUUUUGUAUUUUUCAGAAACGACUCAAGGCUGUCUCCAAGGAAUGUAAUUUAACACAGAUAUACAUUCCUGGACUGUAAGUUAUUAUUGUAUUCUUGAUCACAAUGUAACUUUUUUAAAACCACCUAAAUUCAAGACACACAUGACUGUCUUAUCUGCCCUUCCCAAGUGUUCAAGCCUGCACACAUGUAUAUAUGGAAUUACUUUCAAAUACAAAAUAAACAAUCCUUACUCAGACAAGACACCAGUGAGACCAGAAGCAUAUUUUUAGAGCUUAAAUAACCCUUUCACAUGAAGAUUGGUUUGACCCAGAGGCUUUUUUAGAACACUGUGUAAUCUGUUUUUUUUUAAAGCUAGAGGAACUGAAAAUUUACUUUACAAAAUAAUUAUUGUCAGUAACAGUGGUCAAACCAGGUCUCUGAGAUUUUGUUCGUUUUUUAUUUUUUUAUUUGUUUGUUCAAAAAUGAUGACGUUGUGUAGAUUGGAAUUUAAUAAGAAGUCUAUUAAUUAUGAAAUUAUAUGUUAAGGUAAUUCAUAUGCAGUAACAUUUAAAACACAGGAAAUGUCUGACUUUUAGUAAGCGGUAAAAAUGUUCAGUUUCCCAAUUUUUCCCUUGCUUAUGUUGUUCUUUUUCGUUUUAUUUUGUUCUUGUCUAGGGGUGGUAGUACGACUCAAUCAGGAAAAAAACAAACAUCAACUAUAAUAUUGACACCUCCGCCAGGUGUGGCCAGCAAUCUUGUGGGUGUCUCGUGUGAGAGCUGCUAUGGUAUGUAGAGGUGACCAGUGAAGUCAUUUUAUUUCUUUUGCAGUAGUAUUAGGAUGGCUGAAAUACUGUUGCAAUAGUUUCAAGAAUAGUGGUCUUCGUACAAAGAUACGAGGGGUUUCAAUAAGCACCAACGGCCGACGAAACGCGUCAGCUUUUUCGCUGACAGAGAUCAGCUACUUUUUGUCAAGAAAGAAGAAGCAACUAGUUUGAAUAACAAAAUUUAUCAUAACAAAUUUUUGAAUAACGUUGUAAACAAAAAAUUUAUUAUAAAAAAUUUAUCAUAAAAUCUGAAUGUAAUGUGUUUUCAUGAUGGCCCACUGGUUUUCCCUUGAUUGAGUCACGUGAAUGCUAUAUUUCAGCCAUUUCUCAUAAGUUUCUCUAUAGAUUUACGCAGAAUUAGUUUACGAGCUAAAGCACGUCAUUUAGUUUUCAUUUGUUCAUUGCUUGUAGGAACUGAUUGUGUGACUGAUAAAUAUUAUUGAAAGCUACAUUCUCUUGAAUGAAAAACACACUCUUUUGUCUUUAAAUUUAGUCCCCAGAACGCUGGAAAUCGCAUUUUGGGACUUUGAAUUUUAAAAAAUGUCUAGGGCAGAACACGCACAAACCCCCUCCUCACCCUCCCUAGAAAAAGGGGACCAAUGGCGCUUUGUUCAUACGUUCGUUACUCUAUUCAAACCUGCUGGCUACUUCAAGUUUUCAUUGAAACCCCUGGAUACUAUUUCAACAGUGCAUAUUUUGCAAUCAUUAUUCCAAAUCAGAUGAAUUAUAGAGAGAUUUCAGUGCCUUUCAAAUUAUGGACCAUUUAUUACAAGGGUAAGAUUCUGGGGACGUGUAUUAUCUAUAUUUGUAAAAAAGGCUUAUUCAGGCAGUAUGACAAGUCAAAUAAAAAUAUGACAACAAACAGAAUAACUUAAAUGCUCAUGGUCCCAUUAGUCAACUGUCUCAUUUAAUGUUAAGUAUGUUAUAAAUUGUUUUUACUUAAAUUCUGCUCUCUUAAAUACGUGGCAGGAUUAGCUCAGUCAGUAGAGCGCUUGACUGCAGAGCGGGAGGUUGCAGGUUCAAUUCCCAGGGUCGGACCAAUACUCAGGGUCUUAAAAUAACUGAGAAAUGAAUGUACUUCCUUUGCCCUGCAAAUGGCUAGACCUUCGCGUGGCUCGGAUGACCACGUAAAAUGGUGGUCCCGGCUCCAGUAGGAAAAUAAGUGAAACAAGUUAAAUAAGUGAAUUUUAAGGUUNUGCAGAGCGGGAGGUUGCAGGUUCAAUUCCCAGGGUCGGACCAAUACUCAGGGUCUUAAAAUAACUGAGAAAUGAAUGUACUUCCUUUGCCCUGCAAAUGGCUAGACCUUCGCGUGGCUCGGAUGACCACGUAAAAUGGUGGUCCCGGCUCUAGUAGGAAAAUAAGUGAAACAAGUUAAAUAAGUGAAUUUUAAGGUUUAAACCUCACUUGGAACCUUACAGACAUGCCACACCCAUGAACACCUAGCAAAGUUUGUUUUAUCUGGCACUUUUUGAUGGUUUAUCUAUUAUAUUCAUUUUUUGCACUUGUGGUGUGCACAGGAACCUCAUCCCAGCAAUGGUAUCCCUGGGGUGUACCAAACUCUCAGCAUAAGUUCUGGCUUUGUACACUGUGCUGGAUUUACUGGAAGAAAUAUGGUGGAUUAAAAAGACCAGGUAAGCAUAUUAAACUCGUUCAACAAAGCGAGAUAGUAACCACAUCAUCAAAAACAAUAAUUAUUCAAACUUAAAUUACACAUGACAAUGCUUGUCGUCCAUGAUUAGCUUAAGUACGUUAGUCCAGACAGGCACAAAAAAAAGUGAUUGAUUAAAUGAAUGAAUACAAGCCUAGAUGCACUCUAGUCAUUCGUUUUUAUGUCUAGUUUGUAUCAAUAAUUUUUGUAUUAGUUGCUGAUGAAAGUGUGACCUAUAGAUUGGAUGGAUAAUAUUCAUUGUAAUAAAUUAUUUACAGCACUUUGGAUAAACAAUCUAGUUUUUGUUACAUGCUUAUUUUUAUAUAUACAAAGUCCAAGGACAGAACCUUGGGGAACAGUGCAGCUCUAAAAUAAAAUGACAGCUUUCCAAUAAAUUUAACACACUACACUCAUUCGGUAUGCUUACAUAACUGAUUAAUUAAAAAUCUCUUUUUCUUUUUUUAGAUGGUUUAUCUGGAAAGGGUCAUGGAGGCGGACUGGAAACAAGAUAUACAUGUAGAGUGUGUGGCAAAGUGUUUAACAGAGCAGGUUUGUGAAAUAGAUGCUUCACAGUUAGCUUUUUUUAAAAUUAUUUUUUAAAUAAUUUAUUUAUUAAACAUCGUUUAACAUAACAUUACAAUAAACUUUACAAUAACAGGGCAGCAAAUAAAAAGGAGGUGAAACAGUAAAAUAAAUAAAUAAGUAAACAAACAAACAAAAUAAAGCGAAAUACGAAGGUUCAAAAGAUUAACGACAACAAGCAGAACAAAUAGAAAAAUGUUUGCUAAAUUACUAUAAAUCCAACACUAAUCAGAAAUGCACAGCGUGGUCCACUUAUUUCUGUAUUUGUUAAGAUUUCCUUUUGUUAUCGCAGAGUAAGCUUUACUCUAAGACCGACACGGCUGGGAAAAAGAAAUGUUAGCAUUCUCAAUACUGAAUCCUGACUGAGCUUGCAAUAGACCUAUUCAACUAACUCAAUGUUGUACCCAAUUCAAAUCUCCCGGGGAUAAGAUUCUUUGUGUACUGUAUUUGCAUUAUAAUGUGGCCUUUACAUUUAAAUGAUAUGGAAAUUCCUGAAACAAAACGUUUUAUUCCCAAAGGGUUUGAAUUGGGUACAACAUUGAGUUAGCCAAAUAGGUCUAUUAGGCAUGAAAUAAAGUUGUCUUGCACUGAGGAUGUGGGUACAAGACAGGAUAUCAGUUUUUACACUUGUCGCAUGAUUUAUUUAUUGUUUUUGGUGACAGCAUUCUUAAUGUCUUGAACCUUAUCCAGUCCAAAAAAAUUGACUGAAGGGUAUUUAGGGGAAACACUUUUUUUUUUUUUUUUCGUGUGGGUUAGGUUUUCUUUAUUUUUCGUAUUUUAACAUUGUCCAUAAUACCAUUUCAUCGUUCACUAAAUUUCUGCAUAAGCAUUAUGUUCAAUUUCUCUUAAUACAAUUAUAAUACCUAGGAGAAAUUGAAACUAUGAUUGUUCUGCAUUUUGGUAAAAGUGAAUUGCAUUGCGCAAAUGAAAUCUCCUUUUCUAUUAAUUGUUGUGGUGUUUGAUAGAUUUAUUAAUAAAGUGCUGUUGCUUUGUCAUUUGUCGGACAAAUGCCAUUCAGUGUGUGACAAUCGUUGGGAAUUACUGAGAAUAGUCCUUCUACAAGAAAAUAACUUCAUUUUUGACAUUUUUCUUAUCUGCAGAGCGUCUCUCCAGCCACAUGUCAAUUCACAAAAUGUACAAAUGUGCAGUGUCACAGUGUGACAAGGUCAGUGUGGGGGUUUACAUAGAAAGUUUUUUUUUUAGCAUAGAACGAGUAUUUUAGUAGUUGUGCCUUAUGUUAUGUGCGUAUUCUAAUACUCCAUUUAAAUGACAUUUCAUAGGGAAGCAAGCAACAAGUAUUUUUAUGGAAGCAAAGAGUUAAGAUGUAGGUUCCUUUAACCUGCUUUUAAUUUUUAUUGCAGGUGUUUAAUUCGCGUCCAAACCUCACUCGGCAUCUAACAGCUGUGCAUGGGUACAGGCCACCCAGCCCACGCAAACUAAAACCCAGGUCACCAUUCUAUAUGAAAGCCACACCGCUGACCAGACUUGCUCGGCGGCUCUGUCAGGAACUGUAUAAUAAGGUGCAUCACUGUCGAGUGCCCGGAGGGGCAUUAAACACACAGGAAAUCAGAUCCCAAUGUAUGUGUAUUAAUUUGACUCAUAACUAUAAAUUUUGUAAUCGCUGCAGUUUCAGAUCAUAAAAGUAUGAGAUUGUUGUAUUUAAGCAUCCCUGGUUUACCUGCCUCCUACCUGCUCGCGCUGAGAGCAUGAUCUGACGGGCUUGAUCCAGUUAGCGUUAAACAAACCAAUGAAGCUCUGUAACUGUUAGCUCCUACUCUCGUCAAGGGAACAUAUGUAGGGGUAAUUCUCUCUAAGCAGUAAUCUCUAUCCAACGGAAACUUAGAAUUAGUCUCUUUCUCAAGUCAUUUUCUUUGACUCUUUAUAAGGUGGAUACCUUCAACCUCGUUUCCAGGGCUUUUUCCCUUAGAAAAUAUAAAUAAGCCUGGGAACGAGGGCGGGAUACCUCUUCAAGAGGGACAAGUGCCGAUUUCAGCUGUUUCCUCCUUAGAGAAAGUCAACUGUUAUCUAUCUUGUAUUCUCUGUUGUACUCAAAUCAAGGUUUUCUUUUCAGGUUUAAAGAGACUUGAGACACCCAAAGCAGACGCCAUAAUCAAGGCCAAAAAGCAGAUGAAAACGCGAAAAAUCCACGAUGUCGUGGACAAAAUCAAAGCAAAUCCUCCUAAACCGCGCAAACCAAGACCGCCAAAGCCAACGCUCCUACCCAUCCCUAAGGAACAAUCGCCAACCGCACCCUCACCACCCACCCCUACAGGACAUUCAAUCACCUCCCCCUCCCGGAAAAUGAUUCCCCCUUCCAAAAGUUAUGUGCCGAUUCAGCCGACCCCACCCAAGGCGAGUGACUGGAAAUAUGCGGCUAUACCCUCAGCUAAACCUGUUGUUCAAAACCAACCGCUUCCUACACAAACCAGUAACCACAUGAUGUCUCGGAAGAGAUCUCACGAUGGCGGCCAAGUACAACAGAAUGGAAUUGACGGUAAGAUACUAGAGAUCAUUAGGUUACAAGACGAGGAUGACUACGAGGGCAAGGUUUUAUCAAUACUAAGUAGUGAAUCAGCGUCAUUUUAGCGGGAAAACGUGGUAGCCGUUGUCAUUCUACUUCGAGCACGUUAAGCGAGAUUAGGGAGCUUAAAAGUGAUGUUAUACGGGAUGAUUCGCAACGACUAUUAUUAGCGCAACGCAACGUUGCAACAUUGGUUUGAAUAGCUGCAACAUUGUUCCAACAGUACAACGCUUUGUUCCGACGACGACGGCGACGUUAACGAGAACGGCAAACAAUAGGUUAGAUUGGCAAAACACCAACCCUGCACAUGCAUCACGCAUUUUUGCCGUCACUGCACGACUACGACGUGAAAAUGCCGAAUUUUGCGUUUUAUGGAGGUCGUGAAAUCAAGACAACGACUUUUGCUUUCUCUUCCUGAACUUCGAUACAGUCUUUUAGAACUCAAGUCCAGGAAAUAUUGCCAACAUUUGUCGAAUUGAAUGACAUGGAAUAAGCGCGAUCAAGUUUGAAGCAGUGCGGCUUCACUUUAUAAGUGACGUUUUCGUAGCUGUCGCAGUCGUUUUGCUUAAGCUCCCUAAUGUCGUAGUGACGGAAACAAGUAAUCAAAUGUUAGGAGUUUUAUUAUUUUGCGAUCAGGAAAGGCCUUUACCUCCUUCAUUAAAAAUAACCGCUUUAAAGGAUAAUAAGAAGAUGACAAUCAACGCAGAUACUGUAGCCGACGCGCAGCGCGGGAAAAUGCUUGUAAAUUUGGCAAAGCUAGGCGAGUUUAUUAGAAGUAACGUAUCCUUAACAAUGUAAACCAAAGCAAUCCCAAAGUCAACCAAAUCUGGUCUGUUUAUUUCUGCAGGCCCUUCACCAAAGAGGCUCAGCGCAACUUCCCCUUUAGGAAAGAAAGGCUGCGAGUGCACGUAUUGCGGCAAGAUUCUUCACAAUCAGGGUGAGUCUCUUAUGUUUCUCCAGAGGAUGGGGGACUGGAGAGAUUUGUUUAUUCAUACUAUAUAUGGAAUUUGCGUAAGUGUUUUUGAAGUGUUUCCUAGUUUAGAAGGAGAAUGCAUCUACAGAAAACUGCAACUUUUCCAGAAACUCUUUCAUUUUUACGAUACUUUUAACCUGCUGAUCGCGUAGGCUAAUUUUAGCGAGCACUGGAGGAAAAAGACUGAGAUUGCCAGCAGAUGAGAUUCUGUCUUUACUGACUCAACGAGUGAUAUUUCUGAUAUCUAACCAUCCCCUUCAAGAAAACGAAAAACAACAUUUUCAUGAAUGCCAAGUUCUUACGUUGUUAAUGAACCAGAACUGAAAUGUUUACUCUUUCUUUCUUUCAUAAUUUGUUUAUAGCAAGUCUAAUACACCAUGAACAAACAAUGCACACGUCCACCGAGCCACCAAAACAGCGGUCAUACCCGGCAUACUGUGACGUCAGUCCAGCUCUAGGUCCCGGAUCUACCAAGAUCGUGCCUUACGCCCAACACUCAGUGACGUCAUACAUUAACGGCCAGCUCCAUGUAGAACGAGCUGUGCCCAACUAUGCUGCCCAAAGCGCGGGAAACAAGCCCUACCUGCUCCCCAAACCCCCUACUGCUGCACCUGCACCUGCACCUGCCAUCAAGGUAGAGGGUGGGGUGACUGCAAAUGCGGCUGGUAAUGCUGUGCCAAACAAAGUGAUUGUAAGUCAGAAUACCAAACCAGUCGUUCAUAACAAGCCAGCUCCGUCAGUGAAGCAUGUUAUGACCAAAGGCGGUGUCCAUCCACAGUUUAUUGAUCCCCCCGAGGAGUUCCAAUUCUUGUCGAACAAGCAUUCGAGGUAAGUAAGUUGGCAUUAUUACUGUUUUUAGAGAAAUGUUAUAGCGAGGAAGUUUGUAAAAUAAAGUAUUCAUGUCUUAUUCUACGAUUUUGUUAACUAUUUCAUUACUUUGCCGUCGCGAUCGGUCCACCUACGUUACCUUCAAGAGAUUUUCUUCUGCUUAUCGAUUAGCCUUAUUUUAGGCGUUCAGAUUGUGACAACAGCGCAAAAAGAUGUUAACGGGAAAAAACCAGCAAGGAGUGGGGUAGGGGUUGAGGAAACGCCUGCUCUACUACUCUCAGGGUUGUUGCAAAUAGGAGAAUGGCGUCCCUGUUGUCAUAGCAUUUACCCUUUCUCUGUUAUUUCUUUUUUCACAGGAAAGCCCGCAGGGCAUUGUCAGUUGAGACUCAAAGGAGAGUAGCUCGGAGGCCAUGGAAAGAGGUCAAGUGUAGUGUCAAUCUUCGUGCUCUAAUUUAUGCCAUGCCCCAACCACCACAAAUGGAUGCUGUUGAACCUAUAGUCAUUGAUGAUGACUGAACAAGAGUCCGACCUUUUGAUGUCACUGGACCCCUGAGGGAGAUUUGAGAGUUACAAACGUGAUAGAGGUGUUUUAUCGCGUGCUUUGCUUUCUGAAUAACGCUUUGCGGGGCACUUCUAAGACGGUGUGCAUAAAACGUGCACACCACGUGCUCGUAAUUCCGAGUUCACGCGGAUGGGCGUCUUAGAUCACGUGAAUGUCCACAAGCACAAGGAUCACUUGACUAAAUGGUCCGAAUGUGCUCUGCACAAAAAAAAACGCUAACUAAAAAAGGGCGAAACUAAUUACCGCCUACUUUUAACGGAAUAUUUGUUUCCUGUUACUGGUGUCACACUUUUGACAACCGAUUGCUGUUUCAUUGGCAUCGGAAAAUGUGGUUCGACCCGAUAAUAAUAACUUAGUGUUGAAGAAACCCGUACACGUGUUUCGUGGAAUUUUUCGCACUGAUUUUUCACCGUUGCUUUUCCGCAGUUAGGCAUAGCACGUGGGUUAAGUUGGCAAAGACAGGCGUUGGGUACAUCGCAAAUUUUAUCUUAUCUUGUCCCGAAAGAUGACAAAAGUUUACCCAGGUUAAGCCAAAUUUUAAGCAAAGUUUCUUUACUUGGAACAUAGUUAAUUGAGUGGAAUGGUUAUGAAACCCGUCAGACUCCUUUGUUAUAUGUUUUUUUUUUCUUUUUUUUUUUCUUAUGUUAUACGUUCAAAAGAAUUCCUAUCAUUUUGAUUGUAUUGACCAAUAAUUUUCAACGUAAUUAAAUAAGGCAUUGUUAAACGGUUGUCUUUUGUUUCCUAACACGUGAAAGUCCCACGAAGGUUGUAUUUGACGUGCACUGUUGUUUUUAUCAUUGAUGUUUGCCGCUUUUCGUAACCAGUCUCCUCUAAUAACUAUGCUUGGAACAUGUAUCUGGACCUUACAAAACACAGGCCAAUCUUAUCUCCGAAAUCCAGAUAUGACUACACAAAAUAAUACCCUGAAUAAUCGAAAGGAAGAGAGAAAAUCGUGGAUUAGAAUUUUAAUUGAGAAUAGUGCUAUAAAUCGGCCUUCUAGGAACCAACACCAUUCACGGCUGUUUUCAACCACGUUACUAGAUUGAAAGUGUUUUGCACUCAUACUGAACCAUGCCCCUCUCGUUUGUGUUCUUCGUUUUACUCCACAGUACAUUUUUUUUAAGUUAUAUAUCCGUUCUCCGCUUUCCACCUAUCUUUGCCAACUUUUUCUGAGUGCAAGCGAAUUCUUCUGUGGUUGAGUUUCGGGAAUGUUUAGCGAUGGUCAGGUAUCAGUGUAGAUUAGAGCUAAUACAAAGUAAUACAUAUAAUUCACAACUGCGCAGAAAGACCUUAAAGUAAUAUGUUUUCAGUACAUUGUAAAAUAGAGUUGAUGGCGUAUUCCUUUUAUACCAAGAAAACUAUCUAAUGCAUCAGAUUUUUAUUUUAAAAGUUCUUUGUGGUAAGUGUUUUGAUGUAUAUGUAAUUAUUUAUUUGGUCUUUGAUAAGACUGUAAGUGGGAAAACUAAGAAAAAAAGCUAGGAUUGAAAUGCAGCUUAAACCCGUCUUCAGAGCAAACAAAUGAAUGCCAUUUUUAAAGAAGUUUCCAACUGUAUUUUGUUCCUAUAUUUGGUUCCUUCAAGCUACGAGCGAUUUUCGUACUAGUUUCCCGAGUAAUUAUCGAUUACUGACUUCGGCAAUUACCUUCUUCAGCUCCGAAGUCUUAAUACCUUACGACAGGCUCAAGCAUACCAAGUUCAUGUAUAGCCUCUUCUGCAGGGAACUCUGAAGGGCUGGAGAGGGCGUCCAACUGAACUCCUCUCUAGUUUGCUUCUCUUUUAUACUAGGCGAUUAAUUAACCUACCCUAUAGACCUAAACACAUACGAUCGUUUGCACUUGAUAACGGUCAGUUACGAAAAUUGAACAGCGCGUCACGUUUGCCUUGCGUGUCGGUGUAAGAGGGAAAUUGCGGUAACCGUCAUUCCGUAUAUUCUGCGCUAUUUUCUUGCCAGCACCACCCUUCAGGUCUCUUCCAGGAGCUUUGGUUUCUCCUUUUCUCGUUUUGAGAAGAAGAAGGCUACCUUAACUUAUGCUUGAGGCAGAUUCUUAAAGACUAAAUUAUCCUUCAAGACCUUCAAUAAAAUUUGUAUAUAGUC